CACUUCUUCCAAUCCAAAGCCCAGAAACCCAAAUACCAAACCCCACAAAUAAAAAAAAAAAAAACUAAUUUUUUUUCUGCAGAAAAAUCACAGUUUCAAGCAAGAAAGCUUCAAUCUUUACUCUACCCAGCUGGGUUUUUCUCAAAGUUUUCAAAAACCCAUCUCAGGAACUCCAAGAACUGACAUGAUUUGAUCCAAAAAUUGAAAACAGCAAAUGGGUUUUCUCUCAAACCCUGUUUCCAAUUUCUCCCUCUAUCUGCUUCUGUUCUACUUCCUCAUCAGUUUUGAGCUCAUCCCAGUUGCUGAAUCUGCCACUGACAUCACCUCCUUUGUUUACAAGGGCUGUGCAAAGCAGACAUUUUCAGAUCCAACGGGGGUCUACUCCCAAGCCCUCUCCGCCCUCUUUGGGUCCCUGGUGCAGCAGUCCUCCAAGGCCAAGUUCUUCAAGACCAACACAGGCAGUGGCCAAACCACCAUCUCAGGGCUCUUCCAAUGCAGAGGUGACCUCAGCAACUCUGACUGCUACACCUGUGUGAGCAAAUUGCCCCAAAUGUCUGGCAAUCUCUGUGGCAAAACCAUUGCUGCUAGGGUUCAGCUCAUUGGGUGUUACAUGCUCUAUGAAAUCUCAGGUUUUGCCCAAAUUUCAGGCAUGGAAAUGCUGUACAAAACCUGUGGUGGGACUAAUGUGGCUGGGUCAGGGUUUGAGGAGAGGAGGGACACUGCCUUUAGUGUUUUGGAGAAUGGGGUUGUGAGUGACCAUGGAUAUUACACCACAAACUAUCAGCAGGUUUAUGUUUUGGGGCAGUGCCAGGGAGAUGUUGGGGACUCAGAUUGUGGGGAGUGUAUGAAGAAUGGGGUGCAGAGAGCUCAGGUUGAAUGUGGGAGUGCAAUUUCUGGCCAAGUCUAUCUCCAUAAGUGCUUUCUUAGCUAUAGUUAUUACCCUAAUGGGGUUCCCAGGAGAUCAUCCUCUUCUUCCUCAUCAUCCUCUUCAUCUUCAUCAGGGUCAGGAAAUACAGGGAAGACGGUGGCUAUAAUUUUAGGAGGAGCAGCAGGAGUUGGAUUCCUAGUCAUAUUUUUGUUGUUUGCCAGAAAUUUGAUGAAGAAGCAUGAUGAUUAUUGAAGAGGGAACACAUGGGUUCUCAAGAUUGCAAGCUUCUUUUGAGGUGGAGAUACUUAAGGAACAAUUUUUUGUUAAUUUCUUUUUCUGUUAAUUUUGUUUCUGCUUUCUAGAGAGAAAAAUAGGGUUUUGUGGUGGAUAGAAUUGGCAAACACAAAGUGGGGAAGGAGGAUCAAUCUGCGGAUGAUCCCCUUUUUUUGUUGGAAAAACAAGCAAUUAUGAAACUGAGGAGGUUUUUCACAGGGAUGAGAAUUUUGAUGUAGGAAUGAAACGAAGAGAAGGGGAUUUUUAGCU